GUGCGGGAUCGGACGGAGGCGACGCACGCAAAAUGGCUUCGGGCGACAAUGUGGACGUGAUCGAAGUGGUCGAGACGACGAGCUUCCCCGUGCCGGCGACGGCGCACCAGCCCGCGGCAAAGGUGGACCAUCUCAGACCGGAGCUAUCCACCGUCGAGGAGGACUAUAAGUCGACCGGAGAGAAAAUAACAGCAUUUGACAACUCAAUAGUACAACAUGGUACGACGGGUGGCAAGAUCCCUGUGGGGAUAUCAAGAAACAAAUCGGAACGAGAGAGAAAGAUUGGACAUCGAAGAGUUGGAGUGGGAGGUGAAAUCACGUAUAAAAAGAUCCAAACCACGCAAAUUAUGGGAUCGAUCCAACUGGGUAUACAGCACGCGGUUGGCGGUCUCGCAAGUAAACCGGAACGCGAUUUAUUAAUGCAAGACUUUAUGACGGUGGAGACAACGAACUUUCCUAGUGAAGGAUCAAAUCAUACUCCGGCCCAUCAUUUCUCGGAGUUCAAAUUUAAAACCUAUGCACCCAUUGCAUUUCGUUAUUUUAGAGAUCUCUUUGGCAUUCAACCGGAUGAUUUUUUGAUGUCAAUGUGUAGUGCACCACUGCGUGAGUUAUCAAAUCCUGGCGCUAGUGGGAGUAUCUUUUAUCUAACGGAUGAUGAUGAAUUUAUUAUUAAGACUGUACAACAUAAAGAGGGAGAGUUUUUGCAAACUCUACUUCCAGGAUAUUAUAUGAACCUAAAUCAGAAUCCAAGAACGUUAUUGCCAAAGUUUUUUGGAUUGUAUUGCUAUCGGUGUAAUAGUAAAAAUGUUAGAUUAAUUGCCAUGAAUAAUCUCUUACCAUCAUCCAUAAAAUUGCAUCAAAAAUAUGAUUUAAAAGGAUCUACAUACAAGAGAAAGGCCUCAAAAACGGAACGUUCGAAAUCUUCUCCAACGUAUAAAGAUCUAGAUUUUAUAGAGCAUCAUCCAGAGGGUAUCUUUUUAGAAGCUGAUACUUAUAGUGCAUUAGUAAAAACUAUUCAACGGGAUUGUCGUGUAUUAGAAAGUUUCAAAAUUAUGGAUUAUUCUUUACUUGUUGGAAUCCAUAAUCUUGACCAGGCUGCGAAGGAAAAAGCUCAAGAACAAAGAUUAUCGGCGAGCGCCGAUGAGGAAGUUGAUGAAAUGGGUGGCGAAAGUGACGGAUUCAUUCAGACUGAAAGAGAAAAGGAAAGAGUGGAUAGAAUAGGCGCUGUCGCUUUAAAUCGAUCACGCAGUAUAAAUCGUCAAAGGUUGGUCGCUCACAGUACAGCGAUGGAAAGUAUCCAGGCUGAGAGUGAACCAAUAGAUGAAGAGGAUGACGUACCUACAGGUGGCAUUCCUGCCAGAAACGCGCGUGGUGAACGCCUUUUAUUGUUUCUUGGCAUUAUCGACAUUUUACAAAGCUACAGGUUGAAAAAGAAACUGGAACAUACGUGGAAAUCAAUGAUACAUGAUGGGGAUACUGUAUCCGUACAUCGCCCAGGAUUUUAUGCACAACGCUUUCAGGAUUUCAUGGCCAAGACAGUAUUUAAGAAAAUACCGUCACUGGACCUGCCUGAGAUUAAGGGGAAUCAUCGCAAAUUCCGUAACCUCGUCACCAGCUACAUAGCCUUGAAACAUUCCCCGUCGAAGAGGAAAAGUAUAAGCAGACCAUUGAGGCCGCUGGAGGGUGAUUUUGAUUCAACCGCGGUGGCGGCAACUGGAGGUUCGACAAUGCAUGCUACGUCACCUACGAAGGCCGCAGUUAGCUCGCCCGAUCCUGCGAUCAGCGCGACGAACGCGGCGGCCUCGGUGCCGAUCGCCACCUCCACCCCGGUUAACCUUGCCGCCGGUCCGCUGAGCCCGCCCCCGUUGACCUUAGCCGCCGGUCAAGGGCCGCACCACGAGCAUCCGCCCGGGGUCGCCCCCACGGUCAAGGUCACGAGUUAUCCGGCUGUGCUGAAGGGUAGAAGCGCGGCCAGUCCGCCGAACCCGAAUCUGGUGCCGUCCGGCAAGGUCCCGCCGCCGGUGCCGCCGCGGGGCAUGGGCGCCUCGAGGACCGCCAGGUCCUCCGAGGAUCACCGGGCGGCCGGCACCGCCGCCUCGACGACAUCGUCGAUGACUUCCAGCCGAGGUGGCACCCUUCCUUCCACUUGCUCCACUCCGCCCCCGCCCUUUGACGAUGCAGUCCGCUCGAACGACCAAACCCUGGCUUCCGGUGGUCAUCUUCAACAAGGCGCCGGGACCACCAUCCUCGCGAGCAGUCUAGCCUCUGCUCAUCCCAAACCAAAUAAGGUUGUUCAUCACGUUACUCUCACCAAGACGUAUCAUGACACUGUAAGGAAAAGGAGAAUCAUAUCAGACGUACAUUUGGAGAGUAGCGGUAGCGGCAGCGGCAGCGGUGGAAGGGAAACCAAGUCGUCGCUGAGCGUCGAGAGCGGUGGCAGCAGCAGCCGAGGUGGCGGCGGUCUCACGUGGACCCCACCGGCUGGAAGCGCCGAAGGUUCGACGCCCACGUGGACCGAAGGCACGCCAUCCUUCACCGAGAGCUCCAGCAGCGGUGACAUAGGUUGCCCGACAACGCCGAUCAAGGGUAAUCAACGUCAGGCUGACGGUGGAAGGAUCGCGGCCACUGUGGAGGAGGCCCUAGCGAGUCUCACGACUGAGAUGACUCACCUGUAGGCAAGCGAACACGGAGAUAAUUGUAAAAAAAAAAGUGAAAAAAGAGCGAGACAGAAAUGAUUACGGAACAUGACUGGCCUGACAGGUAGUUGGUGCAUUUAAAAAUCUCUGGAAUUAGUGUGAAAGAGGCAUUAGGAUUAUUAAUGUAAGUCCAAAUGUAGCAAUAAGCAAGUGUAUUCGGAACUGUAUGGGAUGUCACUGACAUAUUCCUUUAUACCGAGAAAAAAAUUAGUGCAAUUAGAUUCCAUUAGAAUUUUUACAAGACAAUUAGAAAGUGCAAGUACAAAAUUAAAUUGAAGAAAAUCAUAUUUUUGAGCUUGGGCAAUCAUGAAUCAUUGUAGAUUAUUUGCUCAAGAAGAUAUAUUUUCCUCUCGGAUAUUUUCUGUUAUAUUUGUUCGUGAAAAUCCGAGAAGAUCUUUAUUUAUUCGAAACUCAAUUUUAUAAUCGCUUAGUUAAAUUGUAUCAUGGAUUAUGAAUGUUUAAUAUAAUAGAAUCUCUUAGAUUUUUCAAUAACAAAAUCCAGAAAACAUUCUGGAUGUAUAUCAUGCAUAAUUUCAUAAUAAUGCGCAAAGAUGAAGGCAAUUUCACAUUUAUUCGCGAUAAUUUACUUGUGGAUAUUUUUAAGAUCUGGUCGACUGAAAAGAAUCGGAAACACGUUUUUCAAGUCGAUCACCUCGGUCUGCUUUCGGCAACGAGUACGCUACAUUUAAGUUAUUUAUUUUUUUUUUGCUACCGUGCGCUGCCUUACAUAUCUAUUUAAGGAAUUCUUACGUGGCUAUCGAGUACACGCAAUGUGCAUCACUUCCGGAAGUCUAUAUUUAUGAAGACUGCUUUCACAUUUCUAUCGUCCUUAGAGUAAAUCCUCUAACGAUCCUUCUACCCAAAAAAUCUCUCUUUUAGAUCUUUUUAUACUUUCGAGUAUAAUUAUGCGCAUAAUCUGUCGAGAGCAGCGGUAUUUUACUUAUGCAGAUCGUUUUAUCAGGGCGCGCAUCUUACGAUUGCUGAAGGACAGUUUGUCAUUCGAUAGCGUUCGCGUUUAGAUACAUUUAGACGUGUCUGUAAAUGCGUUUUUUGAAAGCUAUAUCCGCGAAACGUGAAUGAACAGAGAUCGUGAGUGCCGAGAUAUAAAUUGCAUUGGAAGAUAUUAGCGGUAAAUAGCAAUUACCUCAAUAGAUCCUGGCGUAGAUAUUCUAAUGCGAAACUUGCCUCAAUUGCCACGAGUUAAUUGUCAUAACAGGCACAAGUUUCCGUUGCGUUUCUCUGCCACUGGAACUGUCGAAUCCGCCGCUAACAUCGCGUUAUCAUUCCCUAUGUGCUUUCACGAAAAACACAUUCUUGCAUAAAUCUGAGCACUUUCAACCUUACCUAAAUCAUCGGUGAUUUAGUGAAGUGUGGAUAAUUUAAUAUUAAUAAGAGCGUUUUUUUUUUUUUUUAAAAUUUAAUUUGUACAACAUUUCUUUCCGCACUUACGAUCUCGCACGUUGCGAUUUUACAGUUCGGGUUUCGCUCUUUGCAAGCGAAUGCGGUUUUUUCGUGUUUCUUGUACACGCAGUAUUAAAAAUAGAUGUUUUUUCGAGGAACAAGAAGCGACCGUGCGAAUGUAACAUAAUUCAGGACAGCGGCAGCAACACGAUUCCAAAAAUAAUUUGGAGAUAGUUGGCAUUUGAAUUGUAUAGAAAAUGAAGAAGAAGAUGAUUAUCGUUAAAUUAUAAGCAUAAUGAUGCAAUAAUUAUGGAAAAUAAACGGAGAACGGUUGUUGACUUCUUUUAACAGCAUCGUACUGAUUUCUAUUAACCUAAUCUCUAAUUUAGUAUAUUAAAUUAAUUCUAUUUUGAAAUACUAAUAUAAUGAAUUAGAGAUUAGGAAGACAAUAAAGUCGUAAACAAGAGUAGUAAACUAAUUUAUGGCGCAUGACGAAGUAUGUAUUAUUGUUGUAAAUUAUAAAUUAUAUUAUCAAUUGUAAUAUAAUAUUUAUUAAAAUAAUACAUAAAUUGUCAAUUAUAUUAUAAAAACUGAAUAGUUGUUUCAAGAAUACUGUUGUCUUUUAUGACUUAAUUGUUCCAUUGAUAUGGACACGCGAGUGUAAAAUAUGAAGAAGUCAAUAACCGUAAGUAUUAUAUAGCGAAUUUAACAAUAUACAAUAUUAAUAAAAAAAUUAGAUAAUAGGGGGUAUCGAAGAAUCUCAUAACGAUUUCACGUAUCGCCCUAACGUGCGGUUCAACAACGGUUAAAAUGUAAUUCUCUACGAUAUCGGUGAUAUUAUUGUGAGGACUCGACACGCUUGAACCCACGUUCAAGUGUCGCUCUCGACGUUCGUUCUGUAUAUAUUCACAGGAAGAUAUUAUUUGCAGAUAUUGAAAAAUAUAUAUUUAUACAUGUGUAUGUAUACAUAGAAAUGGCGCACUUACUCAGACGUAGCUACAUCAGGCGAGAUAUUCGGCAAUAAGCGUACUUUGUGAGCAGUAAAACAGCGAUUUUUAUCGAAAAAUGAAAAAUUUUUUAACGAAAACGUCUAUAUAUAUAUAUAUAUCAGUCUUACUGUAGGCAAUUAAAAGCAAAAGACUUACGGCGAUUUUGAUUUUCGAUAAAGUGUUAUUCAGUUCAUCACAAAUAUGCUUAUUCUCGAACACUCUCUAUAUCGUCACACGACCACGCGCGGUGUCUUGCAUUUACAUUUUUUUCUCCUUUUGUGACAUUUAUCACGAUGUCUCGAUACCUCAUUAGACGGAUACAUUAGUCCAGCCAACUGAUGUACGAUAAUGAAGAAUAAAUUAUUGUUGCGUCCUAUUUAA